AUGGCGGAAACGACCCUACCCGUAGAGUUGAUAGUGCUCAUCCUCACUUGGUUGCCCGUGAAAUCCUUAAUCCGAUUCACCUGCGUUUCGAAACGCUUCCGUUCCAUCAUUCUCUCCGACCCCAAAUUCGCAAAAUCCCAAUUACGAGCAGCCCAUGACCGCAAAACCUUAACUCAGAGACUCCUCUACUCCCCCACCGUCCCUGAACUCGAAUCCCUAGACUUGGACUCGCCGUCGUUUGAUGAUUGUUCCUCUCUUAGAAAGCACAAAUUGCCUUUGGAUCCAGCAGAUAGUUAUGCCUUGCCGCUGGGCUCCUGCAACGGUAUUGGGAUUCUUUUGAAUGAGGCACUUCAUUGGCUUGAUACUUCAAAAGAAAUCGUGGCUUUCGAUUUGGGUCAGGAGAAGCACAAGUUUAGAAAAAUGUUGCUACCGCUGGAUUUCAAUGAUGGCGGAGGUGACUACUAUGAGAAUCAUCUUGGAGUUUCUGCUGGAGGAUACCUGUCUCUAGCUCGUAAUCUAUAUGUUUGCGGUGAUUGCAUUGAUAUAUGGGUGAUGGGAGAAUAUGGUGUGCUUGAAUCGUGGACUAAGCGCUUUAACUUGAAGUUUUCAGACCCCCAUAAUGACGACAUUGGAUGGAAGUACAACCAUGUUUUGGUUCUGGAAACUGGUGUGUUCUGGAAUAUUCUUCAAAAUGAAGAAGACAAGUGUAGCAUGUAUGAAGCUGAGGGCCAUUGGCUUCACAUGAUUCAAUAUCAAGAGUCUACUUCGGAUAGAGGAUUAGUCCUCGAUUGCUCUCUGGAUAACAGAGCUGGGCUCUAUGGGAGGAUUCUUUGA